AUGGCAAACCCUUUCAUCGAACGACCCCUCGUCGACCAGCUCCUCGCUUCCCCACUCGCCUUCUUCCUACACCCCAUCCACAUUCUGCUCCUCCGGCUCCGCGGGCCUCCUCACACCCCAUCCGCAUCCUCCACCACACGACCGAUCCGCGUCGUCUGCAUUUCAGAUACCCACACGCUCGAAUGGCCCGACAUCCCCGAUGGCGAUCUACUCAUCCACGCCGGCGAUCUCUGCAACGACGGUAGCGUACGCGAAAUCCAGGGGACCGUGAACUGGCUCAAGACCUUGCCACAUCGACACAAGAUUGUGAUUGCGGGGAAUCAUGAUAGUUACUUCGACCCCAGGUCAAGGCUAGAAGAGGAUCGCGACAAAGUCUCCUCCUCACUGGCGAAUAUAUCUUCGUCAACGGCAUCGAUACGAUCCGUGGAUAUUGACAUCGAUGAUUUCGAGGGCGGGAGGAUCGAUUGGAGCCAUCACACCCAAACCGAGGAUUACGAUUAUGCCGCCGAUGACCGCAGCGAAAAAGAAGACGACCAGAGAGAAGAUAUCCACUACCUCCAACACUCCUCCGUAACCCUCACCUUCCCCGGCCUAACGCCAACCCAACGCUCGCGAACCCUCAACAUCUACGGCGCCCCCCAGAUCCCCACGCCCAUGCCCUUGGGCCCCGAACACGCAUUCACAUACCCACCUCAACAAGAUGCGUGGACCGGCACAAUACCAACCGAAACCGAUAUCCUCGUAACCCACACCCCGCCCUACACCCAUCGCGACCUUGGCCCCAACUUCAGUAUCGGCUGUCCCUAUCUGUUAGGUGAAGUAUGGCGCGUCCGACCGAUAUUGCAUGUCUUUGGCCACGUCCAUUUUGCGUAUGGUUCCGAGCCCGUGUUUUGGGAUGAAGCACAACGCGCUUGGGAACGGAUUUCAAUUCGGUGUUCGGCGCGACAGCGUGAAUUGCAAGAGCGCUCUGGAUGCAGUCUCCUGGCGCGGUUUGGAGGGUUGUUUUAUGAUCUCAUAACGCCUAGCAAUUGGAUUGAUGCGUUGAGAGUAUUGUUCUAUGACGUUACGGGAAUUAUAUGGUCGCGCGUCUGGGGAGGACAGGUUGGCCGCGGAAGUGGGUGGAUGGUGAAUGCGGCGAUGAUGUACAAGGAUACGGGGGUCUUGAGGAACAAACCUCAGGUUUUUGUCUUAUAA